AUGGAAAUGACAACGACGAUAUUCAAAUGGACGCGUGCACUUUCUCGCGAUGGUUUUACAACCUCAAAUUUGUACUUUUCUCAAUUGCACGAAUCAUCGUAUUACGUAAAACGAAUCGUACGACCGCAUUACAUAGCAGUUAUAUCUAAUUACGACGCUAUCAAUGAAUUCUCUUUAGCGACAAAUACAUUCGAUAUGUCCUUUGCCGCCUGGUUAGUAUUAUUUAUUUACAAGGGGCGCGGUUUCGAUUAUUGUCACAGUCCGCCAGGUAACAUAUUUCAUUUAAAAUUCAACUCGGAAAUGUUAGUACGUUGUGGUACAGAAAAUAUUUUACGUGAAUGGUACUCGAUCGAUCCUAAUCGAACCGAGAUAGAUGAUUUAACAAUUUGGAAUUUAAAAAAUGGUAUGACCAAAGUUGUAAAGGAUUCUCUUUACGAUAGAAGAUAUAAUUUGCAAGGUUUGACCAUGAGGGCCGUUAUAGUCAAGGACUCGCCGUUCGUAAAUGUUAAUGAGAAUAACGAAUUAGAAGGAACAUUUGGCAAAACAUUACAAGAACUUUCCGUAACUCUUAAUUUUAGUUUGAAAAUUGUCUCGAACGUAGACGAGUACGGAAUAUGGAAUGCAGAAAAAAAUACAUGGUCAGGUGCAAUCGGAGAGAUAUAUGCAGGACAAGCUGACAUUUCUAUAUCAGAUUUUUCUAUGACCAGUGCAAGAUUGAACGUCGUAGAUUUUACCUUUCCUCUUAUUUUCACGAAACAUUGUAUUUACAUCAAGGAACCAAAUAAAUUCACGAUCAAAUGGUCAUCCUAUUUUCAAACUUUCUCCUUUACCAUUUGGAUUGCCUUAUUUGGAAUAUUAACUUUUGCAACGAUCGUAUUAAUUUUUCUCAAAAUAAAAAUUGGUACGGAUCAUAACAUUGGACAAUUAUUGUCCGAUAAAUUUCUAAAGAUUUGGGGUAUAUUCUGUCAACAGGGACUGGCAGACUUUCCAGAUAGAUCAUCGAUAAAAAUAGCGUAUUUCUCUAUAUUUCUUUUGGUUCUUGUCUUAUCGGCCGCUUAUUCUGCCGCUUUGAUAAGCUUUUUAACAUCUGCUAUCUCCGUCUUACCCUUUCAUUCGUUAGAGGGCUUAAUCGAAGACGGUACUUAUCAAUUUAUUGUCCUUCGUGGUGCGGCUGAUUAUGAUAUAUUUACACACGCGAGGGAUCCAUUUGCAAAGAAAUUGAUAAAGUUGAUACCGGAAGAAAACAAAUUGCCAUUAACUGUCAAGGAAGGAUUUGAAAAAGUUUGUGAAAAUCAAAAAAUUGCGCUGUACGCGUCAGUUGCAAAAAGGAAAGCUAUUAAAUUUAAAACGUCAUGUAACACGGUUUGUAUUAAUGCAGGACGUAUAGAAUAUUUAGGUAUUAUAUUAUCUAAAAAUAAUCCGUAUACUGAAGUCAUCAAUUUUCAUUUGCAGAAAUUCUUUAACAAUGGAAUGAUGAACCGCUUAAAAGAUACGACAUUAAAAAAGGAAUUGAAUUUUAUAUUGAAAUACGAAUCGGUUGGUUUAACCAGCGUUAUAUCGCUCAUUUUCUUCAUUCUAAUUGGUACAAUCACAAGUAUUUGCGUUUUAAUCAUAGAAAAGUAUAUUUUCUAUCGUAAAAGAAAAAAGAUGUCGAUUGUACAUAAUAUAUUAUUGAAAAGAUCGUCAGGAUUUUAUGGAAAAAGGAAGAAAAGUAUAAAAAAUAUUGCAAUAUAUAAGAGAAAUCGCACUUGAAUUAAUCGCAAUAACGCUAAUACUUUUUAUCAAUGAAUCUUUAUAUUCUGAUUAUUAUUUUUUCAAUUAGAAUAUAGAAAUAUCUGUAAGCAUAUCUAUACUUUUGUAUUAUUUAGCACAGUUUUAAAAUUUUAUGUAAAAUCUCUUCGAUUAAGAUUAAACGCGUGGACUUGUGUAUUACAGAUUUUCUUUAUUCGUCGAUUCCACAUCGAUUGUACACAUAUUUUAGUUCUUUUGGAAGGAUGUCGAUUUUUCCUAAAAAAAGAAAAAACUUUUUACGAAAACUUUUUUAAGGUAGCAGUUAUCUUUUAAACUUCUAAUAUUGU